AUAAAGUUGCAAGACACCCAUUGAGCUCCGUCUCCUUGUCGAAUCUGGUCUCGUCCGUGGAAGUUUUCUCGGGAGCAGACGGGAAUUCAAAUACCCCACGGGGUGCUUGUCUCAUAUUACUUCAAUUCCCUACCAAGUCGAUCUACCGGCGUGGGAAACGGUACAGAAUGGCCGAAGCAGUUACCUGUCAUAUGUCAUAUAAGGGCCACAGUAUCGCCAGUGUCGGCUUGUCGUUCUAAGAAUCUAUCCAGUUCUCUGAAUUGACCAUAUCUGAAUAAUAGCAGGCUCCCAACAUGGGCGCCUCUUCCCAAUGGCAUCCCCGCCAACGACAUCCACCACAACCGCAUCCUCGCAGCACUUCCCUGACGGCUCCAUCCUUCAGCAUAUCCACAUCGGCCAGACGCAGAAAUACGUGUUCACGGCUUUUGCCGGCGUGGUCUGGUACAACGCGAUCGAGCUCAUCGUCCUCUGCUUGACCACCUUCAAACGCUACCAUGGCUGCUACUUCUGGUCCCUCCUCCUCGCCUCCAUCAGCCUCAUCCCGCACGUCGUCGGCUUCUUUUUCUUCUUCUUCCUCUCCACAACCGUUACCCCCUAUGUCGCCGUCGCCCUGAUCGUCCCGAGCUGGUGCACCAUGGUCACCGGCCACUCGCUCGUCCUCUGGUCACGCCUGCACCUCGUCCUCCAGAAACCAAAGAUCCUCCGCGCAAUUCUAGCCAUGAUCAUCGUCAACGCCAUUACCAUGCAGGUCCCCAUCACCGUGUUACUCUUCGGCGCCGUCUCCCCACACGCGAAGCGCUUCACAGCAGGGUACGAGGUAAUGGAGCGAAUCCAGCUGAUCGUCUUCGCGGUCCAGGAGUGCAUCAUCUCAAGCUUCUACGUGUUCGAGACAAUCAAGAUGCUCCGCCUGCGGCCACCGCAAGCACGGCACCGACGGAUCCUGUUGCAGCUCCUCGUCAUCAAUAUCGUGAUUCUGGUGCUGGACGUCGCCGUCGUCGGGACCGAGUAUGCGGGCUACUAUGCCGUGCAGGUGAUGUUCAAGCCCGUAGCGUACAGCAUAAAGUUCAAGCUCGAGUAUGCCAUUCUCGGGCGGUUGAUCCAGGUCGCCAAGGGGGAGUCCCUCGAGCGCGAGCAGGGCUCGUCCAGUGUGCAGGGCUUUCACUCGGAUCCGUCGGAGCAGACGGCCACGGUGGGGAGCGUGAGUUUGACUCCCCCGCGACCGACUCCAGAGAGUACAGGCACGGGUAUGUCGUAUAUCCGCGAUGAGGAUACAUAUGCCUCGAUGAGGUUUCACGAGAGGCGGGCGCUUUGAUCUAUUACCUAGGUAGAUUGUGGAUUGUAUUAUAGCUGUACUAGAUAAU